AUGUCACUGUGGACCAAGAAGAAAUGGACGUUCCACUAUAUAAAUGGCCUCCAAGUUAGAGAUGAAGAAGAUUACUUUGCACCCCUGAGGAGACACAUUUUCACCUCCGCACCUGGAAAAAAGGAACAUCAUGAUGAAGCUGUUGGUGCUCACGCUGUGCCUGCUGGUCACCACCUUGGCUUCUCCGUUGCGGAGAGUGACAGCAAUGAGGAAAAAGUUGAUGCUGCACCAGUCCAGGCUGCUGGCGUCCCUCCUGCUGCUGCCCAAGCUGUCGGAGACGCAUCGGAGGAGGAGACAGAGGCUGGCAACCCUGCACCCAAAGACGCCGUCCCCCUAAGCUCUGAUGAGGUCGAGGAGGCCGAGGAGGUUGAGGAGGUUGAGGAGGUGGAGGCAGCUGAGGCUGAACCUGCAGCAGCUGUUGAGCUGGCCGUGGUUGACGCCCCAGUGGACGCUGCAGCCGCUGAAGCUACAGUUGUGGACGUGCCUCCUGUUGACGCGGUUCUCGUUGACGCUGUCCCUGCAGCCCCUGAGGUGGCUGUUGAUGCGGCCGCCCCGGCCGCUGCUGACGUCCCUGUUGCUGCUACUGCUGAUGCCGCUGCCGUUGAUGCCGCUGCUGCCGUCCCUGCUGCUGCCGGUAUCGUUGAUGCCGCUGCCGUUGAUGUCGUUGCCGUUGAUGCCACUGAUGCCGGUGUUGUUGAUGCCGUUGAUGCCGGUGCCGCUGAUGCCGCUGCUGCUGAUGCCGCUGCUGCCUCACUGGCAGCUGAGAUUGACACAACUGGAGUGGCAGCAGAUCCUGUUGCAGUGUAGUUCCUUCUUGUCAUCCCCAGCCUCUUUUCCUAGCAGUGGAAACAGCCACUGUGUGUGUGUGUGUGUGUGUGUGUGCAGUGCAAAAGUAAGCUGUGUCACAUUGAUUCAUCAAGAAUGAACAACAAGUUGUGUGUUUUUAGUUAAGAAUUGGACAAUUAAAACAUUUUGUUGUGUUGUUUUUUCUGUCUUUAAUAAAAAUACUUUUUGAAAAUCU